AUGUCCGCUCAGGACAAGCAGGAGCUCAAUCAAUUCGUCGUCAACGAGGCCCAGAAGGCUCAGAUUCAGCAGACUAUCCACACUUUGACCGAUACCUGCUUCCGAAAAUGCGUGACCUCAAAGAUAUCAUCCGGACAACUCGAUCGAUACGAAGAGCCAUGCAUGCGCAAUUGUGUAGACCGCUUUAUGGAUUCGCAGAUGACCGUUAUUCGGCAUCUCGAGAAGAUGCGCCAGAUAUAG